AUGCCGCCACAGAUCCGGGGCUUCGGCGCCGGGCCCGGCGUGGGCGCUCCCUUCCAUCAACCCGGCUUUCCCUCCCAUGGCCAGCCCCAAGGCGGCCCGAUGGGCGGCAACCAGUACCUCAGUGCCAACGCUCAGAUGAAUCCCUUUGCUGCUGCCAACGGUAACUCAUUUGGCGCUGCCGGGCUCAACGGAGCGGCUGCUGGGUUUGCCGACUCGGGCUUCGGCAGCCAAAAUGCGAGAAUGGGCUUUGCGCAUGGUCCUGCCGGCGCCGCGGCCCUGCAGCAGCCCCAGCACGGCGGCCAGGUGCAGCACAACGUCCUGCUCGACCACCCGACAAUGAGGACGCAGCCCAACAAAGGCAGGAUACGGGAGGUCUGGAAACACAACUUGCACGAGGAAAUGGCCGUGCUCAGGGACUUGGUGGACAAAUAUCCCUACAUUGCCAUGGAUACCGAGUUCCCCGGAGUUGUAUCAAGACCAAUGGGCGGAUUUCGGGGCAAGAGCGACUACCACUACCAAUGCCUGCGGACCAACGUCGAUAUGCUCAAGGUCAUACAGAUCGGCCUGACACUCUUCAACGAGGAUGGCGAGACGCCGCCCGCUAGGCCACCGCCCGACUUGGCCGGGCUGGGGGGCAGGAGGAACGCCAACCAGGGGCCGUUUCCUUACUCGUGGCAGUUCAACUUCAAGUUUUCGCUCAAGGACGACAUGUACAACGAGAAGUCGAUUGAGUCCUUGCAACAAGCCGGCAUCGACUUCAACCUCCUCGAGCGCGACGGCAUAGACCCGCACGACUUCGCCUCUCUGCUGAUUCCCUCGGGCCUGGUGUGCUUCGACAACGUCCGGUGGAUCUCCUUCCACGGCGGCUACGAUUUCGGAUAUCUCACCAAGCUCCUCAUUUGCAUGCCCCUGCCCAAUGACGAGGUCGACUUUGACCACAAGAUGAAGCUCUACUUCCCCACAACGUACGACGUGAAACACCUGAUGAAGUACGCCAUCAAGCUGCACAACUCGGGCCUUUUGACCCCGAGCGAUCCCAACAGCACCGAGAUUCUGCAAAAGUUCGAGCACAAGUCGGGCCUGGAGAACAUUGCCGAGACACUCAAGGUGAAGCGCAUUGGGUCGGCGCAUCAGGCUGGCUCCGACUCGCUCCUCACUGGCAAGGUCUUCUUCCAGAUGCGCGACAAGAUCUUCAACGGCGACAUUCCCGACGAACAUGUCGGCAAAGUCUGGGGCCUGGGCAUCCCCGACAUUGGCCUUAUCAUGGCCUCGAUGAUGAGCCAGUCGGCUGCUGCCGGCAACGAACAACAGGCUCCCGGCCAGGCCAACGGCGCGUCACAGAACGGCGGCGCCCCCAGCACGCCUAAUACGGGCAGCGUCGGCCUCGUCACCACGCCCGCGGCGCAGAGCCACAACACCAACGGCCUCGCCAACAUGGGCCCCAUGACGCCCGGCGGCGGGGGCGGUGUCUUUGGCAACUUUGCGUUUGCAGGGAAUAAUAGGUAG